ACAGACAACUCUUAUUAACUUGGCAGUGGGAAGCAACGAUUGUCUAGAAGAUAAUAAUUAUAUCGGUACUGAAGCUGAUUAGACACUGCAGCUAAUCAAAUAAAGAUGUUGAUUAAUGUAGAUAUCCUGCUGACAACUUUACCCUACAUUUCGUGAUCAGCGAUGGCUGUCAUUUAAAUAGGCUUUAUACAGUUUGAAAGAAGGAUAGUUUUACCUUUUAUUACAUUAUGGACAUAUAUUUAAAGUAUUUUUUGUGAAUUUCAACACAAAAAUAUGGGUGCUGUUAACAGUUGCUGUAUCCCACGGAAAAGUGGGAUAGAUUCUGACGGUGGGAGUAAAAAAUCUAAAAGUUUAAGAUCGCAUCGUCGACAGCUUAGUGCAACAUUUAACAUGACGGUACUGGAUGAGGCAAAUGAUAUCGUAACUAAGAACCAGAUGGAUAUUAACAUCGCAACGGAAGAGGAACUUAUGACAUUACCAGGCAUUAGUAGGACUACGGCAAAACAAAUUAUCGACUAUCGAAAACAAAUUCGGGGAUUUAAACGUGUCGAGGAUUUAGCUCUAGUGUCAGGUGUCGGUGCUGCUAGGUUGGAGGCUUUACGGAAUGAAAUAUGUGUUAAGAGAACUAACGGUUCUAAUGGAAGUAAUAAAGACUCGCCAGAAAGCGGAAGAAAUAAUAUAAAAGAGGCAAACUCUGUAAAAAUAAUAAAUCUGAAUACUUCCAACGUGUUUCAGUUAAUGAAAGUGAAAGGUAUCGGACAAACUUUAGCGGAAAACAUAGUCACAUACAGAGACAAAAAAGGGCCGUUUACAAAUAUAGACGAUCUAAUCAAGGUCAAGGGUAUUGGCCAUCAUGUACUUAGUGCAAUAAAACCACAAUUAACGUUAGAUGAAAAUGUUGUUGCAGAUAGUUUAUCAUACUCAUCGUCAAAAAAAUCGUCAAAUUACAAUAACAGUGCAAUACCUAGCAGAAAUUCAGAUGUCUCAUUUAAUUCUGAGAAUCGUUCUAUUAACCCAUCAAACGAAUAUACAAAGGGUUCACUAGAAAACUUAUUAGAUACGUUAGGACCAUUUUCAGAGAAGCCAGUUAGACCUAUUGUGGACUUCCCUAGUUUUAAGUGCAAUAACAGAAAUGCUCUAAAAAUAGCUUCCUGGAAUUUACAGUGUUUCUCUGAGGACAAGGCCAAUAAUCCAGGAGUCCGGGAUGUUGUCUGUAUGACCAUUUUGGAAAACGGAUUGAGUUUAGUGGCAGUACAGGAAUUAGCAGACCAUGCUCUUCAAAAGAUCUGUGACGAAUUGAAUACUCCCACACUAUCCAAUAUACAGAAGUGGGCGGGGCACAGAGGGAAAUGGAAUUGUGUUGUGUCGGAAGCAACUGGCAGAAUGCACAUGAGUAACGAGUUUAAUGGAUUUCUGUAUGACGAGUCUCAGGGUAUAUCUGUAAUCAGUUCCUGCCUUCUUACCAAGACGAAAAAACAGAAACCUUUCACACGACAACCUUUUAUUGCAACGUUCAAGAUCAAGCGUUUUGACUGUGCAUUAGUAAGUGUGCAUCUUAAAGCAACAGGUUUAGCCAACGAAGAUUUGGGACGUCUACAAGCAGAGAUAGACAAGAUCUCUGAUCUCAUAGAAGCUAUACAGGAACAACUUCCAGGUGAAAAGGACAUCAUUAUUUUAGGAGAUUUCAACCUAGCACCAAAUACUGAAGAUUUCAAUGAUUUACGUAACCUAGGUUACCACAACUGUGUCAGUGAAGGGGUGUUAACCAACAUCAGUGAUGCUAACUUGAAAGGCAGCAAAACAUAUGACAAUAUCUGGAUUUCUAAACAGACAAAACAGGUUUUUACUGGUAACAGUGAUGUUAUCAGGGAGGGGCUGACGAGUCCCUGGAUACCAAAAGGCUGGACAUGGGGAGGGGUCGUCAGCGAUCAUUGUCCAAUCUGGGCACAGUUCUAUACUGGAAAAGAUCUCGAUUCUGGGGAUCUCAAGAUAGGGCCAGAAGCAAUAAGAUUUGCAUUAGGCAAUGAAUAAAACAUACAAAUGUUACACAUAUUGCCAAAGACAAUGAUGAAAAACUACUAUGUGUAUAUGGCUAGAUUACUGUGUAUAUAUACUACAAAAUCUAUUUAUUUCCUGCUUUCAGUGCUUUACUGAAAGAAUGGACCCACUGCUCACUAUUUUUAGCUCACCUGUCACGAAGUGACAAGGUGAGCUAUUGUGACCGCUUGAUGUCCGUCGUCCGUCGUGCGUCAACAGUUUGUAAAAAAAUCUUCUUGAAAACCACUGGGCAGAAUUACACCAAACUUAACAGGAAUGAUCCUUGGGUGGCCCCCCUUUCAAAAUUAUUCAAAGAAUUGAAUUCCAUGGAGAACUCUGGUUGCCAUGGCAACCGAAAGGAAAAACUUUAAAAAUCUUCUUCUCAAAAACCAGAAGCUAGAGCUUAGAUAAUUGGUGUGAAGCAUUACCUAGUGGACCUCUACCAGUUUUCUUCAAAUCAUGACCCUGGGGUCAAAAUUGACCCCGCCCUAGGGGUCACUUGAUUUAACAUAGGAAAAUCUUAAAAAAUCUUCUUCUCAAAAAGCAGAAGCCCUAGAGCUUAGAUAUUUGACAUGUAGCAUUGCUUAAUGGACCUCUACUAAAGUUGUUCAAAUCAUGACCUCCGGGUCAAAAUUGACCCCGCCCCAGGGGUCACUUGAUUUUACAUAUGAAAAUCUUCAAAAAAGUUCUAAAAAUAGACCAGAAGGCCUAGAGCUUAGAUAUUUGACAUGUAGCAUUGCCUUUUGGACCUCUACAAAAUUUGUUUAAAUCAUGACCCCCGGGGUCAGAAUUGACCCCGCCCCAGGGGUCACUUGAUUUUACAUAGGAAAAUCUUUAAAAAUCUUCUUCUCAAAUACCAGAAGCCCUAGAGCUUAGAUAUAUGAAGUGAAGCAUUGCCUAGUGGACCUCUACCAAGUUUGUUCAAAUCAUGACCCUGGGGUCAAAAUUGACCCCGCCCCAGGGGUUACUUGAUUUAACAUAGGAAAUCUUAAAAAAUCUUCUUCUCAAAAACCAUAAGCCCUGGAGAUAUUUGACAUGUAGCAUUGCCUAGUGGACCUCUACUAAAGUUGUUCAAAUCAUGACCCCGGGGUCAAAAUUGACCCCGCCCCAGAGGUCACUUGAUUUUACAUAUGAAAAUCUUCAAAAAAUUUCUAAAAAUAAACCAGAAGGCCUAGAGCUUAGAUAUUUCACAUGUAGCAUUGCCUAGUGGACCUCUACAAAAUUUAUUUAAAUCAUGACCCUCGGGGGGUCAAAAUUGGCCCCGCCGCCGGGGUCACUUGAUUCUACAUAGGAAAAUCUUAAAAAAUCUUCUUCUCAAAAACCAGAAGCCCUAGAGCUAAGAUAUUUGACAUGUAGCAUUGCCUAGUGGACCUCUACUAAAGUUGUUCAAAUCAUGACCCCGCCCCAGGGGUCACUUGAUUUUACAUAUGAAAAUCUUCCAAAAAUUUUCUAAAAAAAAAACCAGAAGGCCUAGAGCUUAGAUAUUUCACAUGUAGCAUGGCCUUAGACUUCUACGAAAUUUGUUCAAAUCAUGACCCCUGGGGUCAAAUUGGCUCUGCCCCAUGGGGUUACUUGAUUGUACAUAGAAAAAUCUUCAAAAUUUUCUUUAAAAAAAACCAGAAGGCCUAGAGCUUAGAUAUUUGACAUGUAGCAUUGCCUAGUGGGCCUCUACAAAAUUUGUUCAAAUCUUGACCCAGCCCCAGGGUUACUUGAUUGUGCAUAGGGAAAUCUUCAUAAAUUUGCUAAAAAUAAACCAGAAGGCCUAGAUCUUAAAGCUUUAGCUAAGAAAUUUGUUAAAGCAAGCAACUCUACUCAGGUGAGCGAUAUAGGGCCAUCAUGGCCCUCUUGUCAUUGAGGUUACUGUACUAUUGAUCCCACUAUUCAUCGAUUUCAAUGGUUUACUGAUAGAACUCACUUUUCAUUGUUUUCAGUGUUUUACUUGGGAAAUAGAUUUUAGUUUUGCAUGCUUUGUUGGCAAAUAAAACACAGUUUGAGUUUAUAUGCGUAGUAAUCUAAUCACAAAGGCUGAAGGCCCGAGUGAUUAAUUACAACGUAUCUGAACGUAAAAACAUGUUUAAUUUGACAACAAAGCACACAAAUUGAAAUCUAUUUCCAUUCUAACAUGUUCGAAUUACAACAGGAAGGGAUACUAAUCUGGAAUCCUGUUUUAGGCAGAAUAGCCAAAAGUAGGUCAUUUUGUGAAACAUGUUUUAAUCGGCAAGACAAUACACGGUAAAAUCCUUCUUUGUUUAUAUAAAAGAAAAUCUUAGAGUUAGAAUGAAAGAUAGAACCCACUGUCACUGUUCUCAGCUUGUUUAAACAUGAACAACGGCAGUAAUUUAAUUCAGCCAGUGUAAACCCUCACAGAAUUAAAAUUAAAAAAUGUAUACAUGUACAUUUCAUGGACACAUUUCAUAUUUUUUACUUAAACUUUGCAAUAUUGUGAUAGGUCAAAUGAAAUUGCACAAGAAAUAUUGUAGCUUUUGGUUAAAAUCAUUGUAAAGACAUGGAAGAAACAUUAUGUAAGAUCAUACUAUUCUUUGUUCUUCAACAUCAUAUUCUACAGUUAGACUCCUGGGGUAGACACUUGUGAAAAUAUAUCUUUUGUUUACUCUAGCAUACUGGAUCAAGGUUUCUGGUGAUUUCACUGGUGCUGAAAAGCUCCAUGUUACAUGUCUUUGUAACAUCAUGGCAUAUUUCCAGUUUAUGAAUAUAAGGCUCCUGAGCGUUAUUUAAUAUGCUGCUAUAAGACAAAAGUGCUGUAAGAGUGUCACUUGCUUUUGAUUUUAUAUUUACUGCUGUUUGUUGGAUAUGGCUUGCAAGAAGAAGAUUCUAUCACAGGUUGUAUUCAAAUUUUUGGAAUAUCCAAUCCUCAGGUAACUGUGUAGAUGUGGUAACUCUUCAGAGCCUCAUUACUGCUUAAACAGUUCUCCAACAAGAUACUCCCAUCUACAUUUAUAACCAGUGAAGGAAUCUUAUAAGCUUACACUGAAGCAAACAAAUAUCCCAUAUUUGUUUUGCUCAUUUUGACUUUGAAAGAAUAUUGAAUACUGCAUUGGAUAAAAUAUUAGAAAUGUUUAAAUAUAAGUGGAUAUUUAAUGCUAUUGAUAUUAACUGACUAUAUUUACUGGUCUAUGAGGUCUUACUUUGGAUUAAGUACUUUCUAACUUAAAAUUAAUCAGCCAAUAAAAUAAUUUGGAAAAACAAGAUUUUGAUUUGGUCUAUUAAAAAUAUAAAUUUUUAUGUUAUGGUACACUUUAGAAAUUUUGCUCUUAACUUUGAUAUUUUAGAAGAUAUACUUCACAAUGCAAAGUAUGUGAAAUAAUUUCUUGCAAAGAUACUGUAUUGUUUAUUUGCCAAUGUUCAUAGUAUGCUGUCAAUGUAUUACUACUUAGUAGAUUUUCUGUCAAAAUAUUUUUUUUUUACAUAGCACUUAUUAUCUCCCCUGACUGCUAUUUUUCAGGAUCAUUCCAGAAAUAAAAUACAGUAUUGACAGUCUCCCAGAUACCCAGGAAAUAUCUGUAUAAUGCUUAUAAAGAAAUUUAUACCAUGAUUUCAUAUGAAAAGUACAGAUUUCAAGAAUUUCAUUUUAGUUUAUCAUACAUUGAACAUAUAUACACUUUCAUUUAGUUUUAUGCCCCCGAAGGGAGGCAUAUAGUUUUUGAACCGUCUGUCAGUCUGUCCGCAAUUUUCGUGUCCGGUCCAUAUCUUUGUCAUCGAUGGAUUUUCAAAUAACAUGGCAUGAAUGUGUACCACAGUAAGACGACGUGUCGCGCGAAAGACCCAGGUCCGUAGCUCAAAGGUCAAGGUCACACUUAGACGUUAAAGGUCAUUUUUCAUGAUAGUUGGGCGUGUUCGGUCCAUAUCUUUGUCAUCCAUGGAUGGAUUUUCAAAUAACUUGGCAUGAAUGUGUACCACAGUAAGACGACGUGUCGCGUGCAAGACCCAGGUCCGUAGCUCAAAGGUCAAGGUCACACUUAGACGUUAAAGGUCAUUUUUCAUGAUAGUGCAUUCGUGUCCUGUCCAUAUCUUUGUCAUCCAUGGAUGGAUUUUCAAAUAACUUGGCAUAAAUGUGUACCACAGUAAGACGACGUGUUGCGCGCAAGACCCAGGUCCGUAGCUCAAAGGUCAAGGUCACACUUAGACGUUAAAGGUCAUAUUUCAACAUAGUUCAUUGAUGGGCGUGUCCGGUCCAUAUCUUUGCCAUUCAUGCUUGGAUUUUAAAAAUAUUGGGCAUGGAUGUGUACCACAGUAAGACGAUGUGUCGCGCGCAAGACCCAGGUCUCUAGGUCAAAGGUCCUAAACUCUAACAUUGGCCAUAACUAUUCAUUCAAAGUGCCAUCUGGGGCAUGUGUCAUCCUAUGGAGACAGCUCUUGUUUUUUCUUCUUUUAUUAUGUGUGCCAGUAUUUUGAUUUUUACUGCUGUGCUGAUUGGUUAAGCCGAUUUGCUAAAAUCAUUUUGGAUUUCUCUAGGAUUGCUUUAAAUCAUUCUGGUUUUCCCAACAUCUGGUUAAAUUCGUUUUAGAUUUCCUUACACAUUUUCAUGAUGUAUUAAGCAGAGCUGAAUGUGGCUCUAGUGUUCAGGAAAUAGUAUUACUGUCGAAAUAAUUUCAAGAUAUUUAUGGAGUUGGUGCUAUAGAUGAGAUGGAAUAUUUUGUCGAGAUUUGUAUAGUUAUUGGUAUGUCAGUAUGUAUAUAUUACAGUAUAAUGACAUGUCAAAUGUUAACUUGCCGAGGACAUUACAACACCUAUACUGUGAAAGGACUAAAUUUCUUUUGCAUGAAAUUUUGUGCUUUUGGCAAAAGUGGAUACUUUGUUGGGAUAUAAAUUGAUGGACUUUACCAUUUGGACACAAAAUGAAUGAGGAUUUUACUUAUCUAUUUAAUUUUGUGGAUUGACUCUCCCAUGAAAUACACAAAAAGUAGUCCCCAUGAAUAUUAAUGAUUUCGUAGUAUCUGUCUGGGAGUAUGAAUGUCAAUUUGGUCUGUAUGUAGAAUGACCACAGAUUUUAACUCCAUACAGGACUUGUGUGUCUCAAAAUGUCUAUGGAAAAUACAAGUUUUUCCACUAUAUUAGAUAAAAGACUUGAAUAUUUUUUUAUCUGCUUAUAAGAUGAGGAGGCGAUUUCGGACAUGAAAUAGUUGUUAAAUUUCCUGGUCUUCUAGGAGAGUAAAUAUGGUAAAACUAUGUUUCCUCCGCUUAAUUUCACAUUUCCAGACCGACCCAUCGUUUAAAUAUUUUUCUUCUGUAGUUUGUAUUGAGGGGAACAAAAAUGGAAUGGACUUUAUAUUGAUUGUAAACUUCAGUAUGCCAAGCAUUAUUGAAACAUACAGAGGUAAAAUAAAAGCUGAAAUUAAUUUAAAGUGUUUUGGAGUAUGAAUAAUGUAGAAAAAAAUGAAUUCAUUAAUAUUCAUUAGGGACUAAUUUUUGUUGAUUGUAUGGUUGUAUCAGUUCACAAAAUUAAGUCCCAAGAAACAAAUGUAAUCUAUUUCAUCUUCAGCAUUGAAAUCAAUUAAAAUCUUUUCCACACAAGAUGUCCACUUUGGUCAAAAACACGGAAUUUCAUGCUCACAAAAUUAAAAGAUUUCAUAGAAGUUGAGAAUUUUGCAAUUUGUAAUAUUUUCAAAUGGUGUCUUUGGAAAUGGCAUUUACAAUUUUUUCAUUAAUUAUGGAAGAGCAAUAAAUUAUGCACUGAGCGAUUUACGUCUUCAGUGAUUUAUUUUUUUUUUUUAUGUAAAAUACUGUUGAUAUAGCAUUUUACAUGCGUCAGUAUGAUUCUAUGAAAGUAUCUUAAUAUAUUUAUGCCAUGAUUUUUAAACUUUUAUAAACUAAAGAUCAUCAAUUUACACAUUUUAUAGGCAAACUAUUUAUUUACAUGUAUAUAUAUUCCACAUCUUGUCAAAGUGAUUGAAACAAUGCAAAAAAUCAAUAAAAUAUUACAAAUUCAA